AUGAAAGCAUUAUCCGCAGGUGCUGUGAUAUCUGCUGCUAUGUUAUAUCGUUUUCAACAUGAUAUUGAACAAAAUACGAAUCAAAUUCGUGGAAAACUUCAUAAUACUCAAAUUAAGCUCGACUCUUCUUUGCCUGGAAACUUGAGAGACCAGACACUACCUGCAUCAAUUCCUUCGAAAUCAACAAACACCAGACCACAAUUGCCUUUACCAUCAAUUGCUCAAACCGAACAUUAUAUUCACCAACGGUUCAUUCCUACUUUCAAAUCUACUUGGAAUGAACAUAUUAUAAGUAUUGCUCAAAAAUUAACUAAUUUUGAUUUCGAUGGGGCUGUUAAAUCUGGUUAUGGAAAUGCAAAAUCUUUUGCUGAAGAUAAAUUAGUUAAAAAGAAAUAA